AUGUACGGAGUGUUAGCAUUAUACCGAAGAAGGUUGCAACAACAAUUCGCUGCGGCGAGAACAGUUGAUAAUCGGGAGGAGAGAUAUGAAGAGGAUCACAGUUUUCCUAACCGCAACUGUUUUGAUGCUCCUAGUGUGCUACCGUUGGGAAUCUCCCAUCCAGCCGCAGCUUCUCGGUUUUUCCGCUAUGAAUCAAAACAUAAGAGAAGUUUGGAAGAUAUCAUGAGAGAAGCAGCGACAGAGGAGAAAACGGUUAUAAUAACUUUCUUAAUCCGGGCCUGGGCUGAGCCAAACUCCAUAUUCGACUUGUUUAUCGAAAGUUUUCACGUCGGCCAAGGGACUAAGCGGUUGCUCCGUCACCUUGUGGUGAUAUGUCUAGACGAGAAAGCCUACUCACGGUGCUUGAAAGUCUAUCCCCACCGUUGCUACUUCUUGAAGACCGCCGGAGUUGAUUUCUCCGGCCAGAAGAACUACAUGACGCAAGAUUAUCUCAAAUUGAUGUGGCGUCGUAUUGAGUUCUUGGGCUCUCUCUUGAAGCUCGGAUAUAGCUUCAUCUCCACGGACAUGGAUAUAAUGUGGCUUCGAGAUCCAUUUCCUCGUCUAUUCUCAAAAGGAGAUUUCCAAGUCUCUUGUGACAGCUACAAUGGCAACUCUAUGGACAAGAGAAACGUCGUCAACACCGGUUUCUAUUUCGUCCAAGCCAACCAACGAACUGUCAAGUUCUACAAUUACUGGUACGGUUCAAGGUCGAGAUUCGGAGGCAAGAAAGAUCAGGACGUGUUCAACAAGAUCAAACACGACCGUUAUAUCACGAAAAAACUUGGGCUUACGAUAAGGUUUCUCGAUACGGUUUACUUCCGAGGAUUCUGUCAAAUGAGUCGUGAGAUGAACAAAGUAAUCACUAUGCAUGCCAAUUGUUGUUUUGGUCUACAGAACAAGAUUUUUGAUUUGAGACAAGUGCUUGAGGAUUGGAACGCUUACAUAUCUGCGGCUGGGACAGUCGAUGGCCGGAAAAUGAGAUGGCGAUCACCGGAUCAUUGCUGGGGAAGAGUGAAAAAAACUAAGAAGACAAGGGUUUAGUGAUCGAUGCAA